AUGCUUUGGUCAUCCCUACUAACUGAGUUCGACCGUCUUGACUCAGCAAAUCCAAGUCCUCCAAUAAAUCAAAACCAGGCGCACCAUUUCUCAACUCUACCUCUCCGGAAACUGUCACAAUCAUAAUUGAACAGUCAUGGACCCAUUAUCAGCCCUUCGAGACUUCACAAUCCGCGGCGAGGCCGACAAAAUCAUCAGAAUCAACGACGAAUUUCGCUUCGCCAACGACUACUCUUUCCCUUACAAUGCUAAAACCGCCUAUCGCUCUCAUCAAGGUAGUCUCUACACUCUCGAAACCCUUGUUUACUUCAUCCAAAACCCUCACCUCAAACACACCGAUUAUUUGCAACACGCACGCGCCGCCGGUGUCCCCUCCAUCACCUUCGUCGACCGUAAACCCCUCUUCGAGUAUCUCACCGGUAAACUCAACACCAACGAUUCUAUUGUUUUCCCUCUUCCCCAAAACCCUAACCCUAAUUCUGAUAUUGAAAUUAAUCUCCCGCUUGUUGAUUCUUAUAAUGUUAUUAAUAAUGUUGAUGCUGACGUGGUAAUGGGUGAUACUGAUAAUAAUAAUAAUGUUAAUGUUAAUGUUAUAGAAGAGAGCUUGAUUAGCAUGAUUAAUUCAAUGGAGAGGCCAGUUAAAGAUAGGGAAGCUUUAUUAGAGUGUAAAAGUAAAGAUUUCUAUGGUGUUUUAGUAGCGUCUACUCGGCGCGAAGAGGAACGGCAGAGAAUUGAAUCACAACAGAGGAAAGAUGGGUUAGUUGCUAAGAGUAGAUUGAUGGGGACCGAGGAUAGAGGAGGGUAUGCUGGCGGAGGUGGCGGUGGUGAUGAUAUGGGUUAUGAUGCCAAUUCGAAAUCGAAGAUGUUGCAUUUGAAGGGUGGGCGAUUUGGGGAAGGUGUGCCGAUUAUUUUAGUUCCGAGUGCUUUUCAGACUUUGAUUACUAUUUAUAAUGUGAAGGAGUUUCUGGAGGAUGGUGUUUAUGUUCCUACUGAUGUGAAGGUUAAAAUGAAAGGGGCUAAACCGGAUUGUGUUACUGUUCAGAAGAAGUUUAGCACUGAUAAACAAAGAGUUAUGACUGCUUAUGAGAUUAGGGAUAAACCCUCUGCUCUUAAGCCUGAGGAUUGGGAUCGAGUUGUGGCUGUUUUUGUGUUGGGGAAAGAAUGGCAGUUUAAAGAUUGGCCUUUUAAGGAUCAUGUUGAGAUAUUUAAUAAAAUCAUUGGAUUUUUCAUGCGGUUUGAAGAUGACAGUAUAGAAUCAGCCAAGACUGUGAAGCAGUGGAAUGUAAAGAUCAUCUCGAUAAGCAAAAACAAGAGACACCAGGACAGGGCUGCAGCUUUGGAGGUCUGGGACAGAUUAGAAGAAUUUGUGCGCUCUCGUUCACAUUCUUGAGGACCACAGUUGUAUUUGAUAAUUCCAAAUUUUGGUAUCAACAUAGAAACAUGAUCAAGACAAUACGAGCUGUGCGUUGUGGUUUUGCCCUGCGAAAGAGCGGGAAGGAUGCUUUGUUCUGCAUUCAUGGAGAUGUCUACGGUUCAUCCAUUUUUGCCUUUGGUCAAGUCUAUUGCAUUGGCUUGUUGCGGCCUACUAGGUCGAUUUUGACGAUCCCUUUUUUUUUCAAUGUAUUUUUCUGUGUAAUAUUAUAGAAGACGAAAAUGAUGUUGACUAUUGUACAGAUGUUUUGUUAUUAACAAAAUAAUGAAUAACCUCAGUUCAUAUGCA